AUGGGCGAUCGAUUAAGAAGUCGGUCCCCACAGCGACAAGACGGGGAUCGGCCCCGCGCAAAGAAAAACAGCGGCUUUCGAUGGAAGGAGAAACGACGCGACGAUGAUCCCAGCGGCGAAGACCGCAGACUAGACCGCGGAUACCGAGACAGAGAUGAACGACCCCGAUCACCUCGAAGAGAUCGCGAUGGCGAUCGUCAUGGAGACCGCUACCGAGAUAAUGACCGAGAUGGACGCCGUGAUGACCGGGAUGCCCCUAGGGAGGAUCGCGCCGACAAGAAAGACAAGAAGGAGAAGAAAAAGAAGAAGCCAGUUGCUCCACAGUCUUCAGAGCCCAUGAUUGUCGUCUAUGUGAAUGACCGUUUGGGUACAAAAGCUGAGAUUCCCUGUUUGGCCUCAGAUCCCAUAAAGCUCUUCAAAGCUCAAGUGGCUGCUCGCAUCGGUCGAGAACCGCACGAAAUCUUACUGAAACGUCAAGGCGAACGUCCUUUCAAGGAUCAGUUAACGUUGGAGGACUAUGGCGUGAGCAACGGGGUGCAGCUUGACCUGGAGGUUGGAACCGGAGAUUAA